AUGGCUGGCAAGGGCAAGAAGCGUGCAGCCAAGGCUCCCACCAAGCCCUCCGCCUCGGGCCCUUCCCCCUUCAAAGAGCCUGGGGCGCUGCUGUCAAAGCAAAAGCAGCAAGCUACCCGCCCCGAGACUCCGCUCGCAGCAUCUUCGUCCUCUGGGCCAACUCCACAGCCCAGUCCUCACAAGAACAAGAAGCGCACUACAGAUCCCACCCCUCACGUCCCACAGCCUGCCCCGCUGGCACCCAGCAAAGCCAAGGCCUCGCUGGACCAGGAGUUUGCCUCUGCAGAAGAGGUCGCCGAGCAGCAAAAGGCUUUCGAUCGCGUCCACAUGAAGCCGGUUGCUCCAACGACCAUCUACCACCAGAAUAAGGUCCAGUCCGCGUGGAUACUGUACUUUACAAAGUUCCUCGGUUCUGAGGAUGCGGCAAUAGAGACCAUCCAGCCUGGCGCUCCUUGGCCGGAACUCAAAUCAGUCAAGCACUUUGUUCACUUUGUGGCCACUCUGGACUGGAUGAUCUCUUGGGCUGUAGUGGAAUGGGCUUUCAAGGACAAGGUCCUGCACACCGGCGCCCUUCCCAAGAGAAUCGUGCGCGAGGAAGAUGUUGAAGAAGGCCUCGCCGCAACCCUGCAGAGCAUAGUGACGUUCUCGUCUAACCUUAUGGGUGUACUCUUUACGUUUGGACGUAGGGUCGGCGACGUGGUCCUGGCGACUCACUACAAACCAGACUCGGGUCUUUAUCUGAAAUGGGGGCUUGGUAAAAGCGAUCCCCAGCACAUUGAAUGGAUAGCCUCUGGGUAUACGCCCAAAGUCGGAACCCAGGGUAAAAUCGUCUAUGAGGAACCCGCCGGUCUCCCGCACGCACCUGGACCCUCAGCUCCCCAUCCUGGCUCUCGGCAUCUACCGCGGAGUCUCUACCGCGGAGUCUUUGAGGACGACGUCCUGGGGAUGCACCAGGGCCGCAUCAAGCCUAAAUUUCCCCAUGUCAUCAAGGUCAAACCAGAGAUGGCGGACGAGCCCAUCUUUAUCAAUGGCCUGACCGGGGACACCUGCUGGGGUCUCUGGGGUGUGAUGGCUUCUGCCAUGCCAAAGCACCAUUUCACGUACUUGAUGGGGCACACCCUUAACUCUCUGCACGGCAAGACAACUUACCAGGCCCCAGACCGACCAGUGGACCUGACUGCUUUGAGGUAUGGUGAAGCCGAGCAGUGCACUGACAUCUCCGACUGGCACAGCUCCGUAGCCUUUGGGCGGGAGAGGGAGAGGGGGAUGAACGAUCUGACAGUUGAAGACCUCCAAGCUGACUCUCAGCUGAUGGCCUUGAUCUCGGAACUCGCCAGAAAAGAGGACAAGGUCAAGGAAAAGUACAGUAACGUUUCCACAGAGCUCCCAGACGAUAGCGUACGUAGGCUGCCAGAGAUAGAGCAGCCUGGUACAGACAAUGAGAUGCCGGACGACUCUUUGGAUGCUGCUUCCAUGGACACUGACAAGAAAAUCCUGUCUGAUCUGGUUUCUUCAGGCUCCGACCACCCGCUGGUGCCCCUGCUGCUGGAUAAAAAGCGGGGCCCUAGGCUCGCGAUCCUCGAACACUUUAUAGGUCUCCUCAAGGUAGAUGACGAUAUCAAGGAGGGCCUGUGUCCUUGGUGCAGGGAACCUUCCAAGGCCGAGCACCUCGCUGCGCACCUGUGGAUUUGUGAGGCCAAACACCAUCCCGGGAUGUGGCGCUGCUCUGUCUGUCUCACUUUUCUGGCCGAUGAAGAUGCAGACGUCUCUUUCUCUGGCUCAGAUGACGACUGUCAUGGUCCCGGUUCCUCCAAGAAGAAGACGGCUCGAAAAAAGAAGAAGCCCACGCCGGGUACGAAGAAGGGCAAAUCUACCCAGAUCGCACCUGGCUCUGCCGAAUACGAAGAUGUUUACAACUCAGCUAUCGCCGCGCACGCCGCUCUCUGCUUUGUUAGACUUCUCAAGGCCCAUAAGAUAGAUGUGCCGCCCGACUAUUCUGAAAUAUCUGAUAUGGUGGAGCAGGGGCAGAUGGGCAAUGAGCCUGGCGAAGGAGACGAAAAGCAAGGAGAUACUUUGGACUUGUCCGACCCAUCCACUUGGGGAGAGAGGGGUGGACACCUCUCCCUAAGUACACAGCUUCCUUGGGUGGAGAGGCUCCAUUCCUUCGAGUCCUACGGCAAAAUGUAUGAGCACUCGAUCAGCCACUGGAGCAAACUCGGCAAGGGCAUCACAUCUGGUGAAGAAGAUGACCAAGUGUACUCUGCUGUCAAAAAGAAAUGCAGACAGGCCAUCUUGCUAGCCUUGGAAAAGGACAAGUCGCAAGAUGGAGCUAGGGCCCAGGCCUCAAACCAUGAAGAGGAAGUCGUCGAGCACGGAGAGGAGGAAGGAGCAGGUGAGGAUAAAGAAGAAGCUGCUGAACAAGCCAAUUUUGGGGCGUUGAUUGGUGUGACGUUCGAUGGCGAGGUCAUUUCAUGGCUGGAGAAGGAGGAGCUUACCCCGCCGGUGAUAGCUUCGUUCAACUUCACUACUUUUUGCGAUCUCAUCCCUUCCGAGUUUAAAAGCCUGUUUACUAUCGGUACGACCCAAAAGUUUCUCUUGUACUGCGCACAGUGGAGCAGCCCCACUAUGUAG